CUAAUCUUGAGUUGCCUUCUGUCAGCUUUCUGGUAGAACAGAAAGGACAGAGUUACUAAUGAUGAGCUUUUUUAUAUGAAAAAAAGGUAGACAAAUUCGAUGCACAACACCCGAAUAAAAUUUGGAUUGUAUGUCGUGAGCGUUCAUUCAAUUAGCUACAUAUUUAAUGGGUGGUGAGAGUUUUAGUUCAGCAAAGAAACCUGAUACUAGUGGGAUCAAUGGGGGUAAUCCGAGAAGAAACUCGUUAGCAGUUUCUGCAAACAGAAGAGAAAAAUCAGUUUCCCAUUACCGGAGAGCUUCAAUAGGAACUUCUAAUGAUUUGUGCAAAGCGGGGAAGAAACAUGUAUCUGAAGUGAAGGAUAGGCUUCCUUUUCCCAAUAGGAGCAUACAGAAGCCCAAAUCUUUACCAAACUCUCCGGUUGGAAAUAAUUCUACCAUACACAAAGUGUCCGAGGAUAAAAGGAAGCCCAAAUCUUCACCCAGGUUUAAAUCCCAUAUGCAGCAGGACGGAUCAUCACCUUCCGGGAGACUACAUGCAAAGAAAAUUGCAUCAUCAGAUGCUAAUGACAAGAGCUUUUCUAAACGGCCUUUUACUUCGAAUACGAAGCCUCGGGCCGAAAAGCUUCUUCCUGCUGCUGCCCUGCCUGAAGGUCUAAGCAGAGCUUCAUUGUCCCGAAGAGAUUCUCUUUCAGGGCCUAUAAGCCUGACUGCAAGGAAGAACAUGAACUUAAAGGUUGUUCUUCCACAAAAGAUUCGAAACGAAAGCGGCAGAGACACCAAUAAGGAGAAAACGCUGUAUGCUAUCAAGCUGGAGACAGAGAAUGUAAUGUUGGAAUCUGAUGUAAAUGAAAAUUGUACCAUUGAAGUGUCUCCGCCCGUUCGAGAUGAAUCCAAGUAUACCGUGAUCGGAGCCGAUCAUCACUCGGACUCUGCAUACAAUGAAGAUAAUAAUGGUGGGGGGAAGAUUGUUUCAAGGCAGUGGGAUGUGGUGGGAAAGCAAGAUGGAAAGGGUUUGUUUAAUGAAGUCAUCGAAGAAACUGCGAAAAACCUCGUCGAAACCCGGAAAAGUAAGGUAAAGGCCUUGGUUGGUGCCUUCGAAACCGUGAUCUCCAUCUCCCUCCAAGAUGCAAAAACUUCAUUAAACUAUGUCAGUGAGUAAAGGACUCAUCAACUUCUUCAUUAACCAUUGAUGUGCAGUGUGAUCUUUGAUAUGUUUCUUCAUAG